AUGGUAAGCAUAAGGUGGAGAGGAGUUUUGGAAUAAUUUUUGAAAUAUUGUUACAGUACACUUAAUAGCGGCUUUUGAAGUUUAGUUACCGUAAUUUUAGUAGUUUUGAAAAGUUCAGUACUGAUUCUUUGAUCGGAAUUUUUGAACUAUUAGUACAGUAAUCGUUAUAAUAUUUUUUGGAAUAUUGUUACAGUAACCUUAACAGUAGCUUUUAAACUGCAAUUACCGUAAACUUUAGCCGUCGAUUUAAAAGGUUGAGUACUGUAGUUUCAGUACUAGUUUGUGAAUAUAGGCUUGUAUUUUAAUAGUUGUAGUUAAGAAAAAAUUACUGUAGUUUUUUAAUAAUGAGUUACAAGAUUCGAAUUAAGAUUACUGUAGUUUUUAAUAGCUUUAAAGCUUACAGAAAUAUAACGCACGAUUAGUAGCAGUUACGACGUAUGGUUACAGUACUUAUAAUAGCGUGUCUCAAAGUAUAGAUACUGCAGUUUUAAUAAGAAGUUUUUGUGUUUUAGUUACUCUAGUUGUGCUACUAGCAUUUACAUGAGCUAUCAUAGUUUUUAUAGUGUAUUUUUAGUGUUUUAUAUGUGUUACUCUAGGAUUAAAAACUUAUAAGCUUACUGUAGGUUUACUUAUUUUUUUUACUACAACAUAAACUAAAAUAUAAAUAUCUUUUUACGAUAAGUUACAAAAAUCCCAACAAAAACCGUAUUUUACAAAACCUUAAUUUUCAGAAGUUCCUGGUUGUCCUACUAUCACUUGUGUCAUUCCACUUGUCUCAAGCCUGUCUAGGCGGAAUCGGACAGCCGGCUGGCGGAGGAUGUUGUUCAGCACCAAGUGGAGGAUGUGGAGCUCAACCACCUUGUGGAGGCGGAGGUUAUGGGUAAGUAUUUAGUUUUAAAAAUGAAUGACAAAAUGUGUGGAACACGUAGGCUCGUAAAAGAGCUUGGCCGGGCUUUGCUUCGGGCCCGCUACUUGUUUUAGGCCCGGCUCUUGAUCCCGCAUGUAUAAUAUAUCUAUACGAGACCGGAUCGGCCUGUUUUUUAAAGCUGCUUCGACCCGGCUUCGUCCUAUAGCCCGCUUUCUAGUCUACAAAUAAAAGAUUUAUACAGUUAUACCCACCUACUUUACCUUACCCUACUCUAUCAAAAUUUUUUUGGUUAGUUACAGUAAAAUUAGCAUUUUCCUAAUAUAAACUAAUUUCCAACUGGGUAACAUAUACUCAAGACAAUAUUGGAACGUUGCUUUCUUUGUUUUAUUUGAGCAAAUUUUAUCGCCGUUGAGCAUUGUUGUUAUAGAGAGCAAACAAAAGUAAAAUAAUAUAUAUCAGACGAGCGAAUCUUUAAACAUUUCUAAAAAAGGAAUGCGAGCAGGUAAAGAGUAGAGAAAUAAACAUGUUAACAUUAGAUUUAUCUAUUGAUUACCAAAUUUUAAAAUUUCAAAAAAAAAUGUUUUUUGAAAGAUGAAAUAUAUUAAGUUUUUUGAUAUUGUAGUAGGCUAGAAAUGUAAAAACAAUAGUUUAUACUACACCUACGCUAAUUAGCUUCAAAAUGGUACAAUUUGGCCAUAUUUACUUCCAUAUUACGAUGUUCAAUUAACUAUCAGCUCUAUUGCAUAAAAAUCUUUAAUCUCAAAAUAUAUAGUUAAAGAGCACAUAAUUAAUUGAACAACCUAAUAGUACAAUAACGAGUAACAUAGUACCAUAGCUUUAAAAACGUUACCAAUAGUACUAGCUUACCCACUAAAAAGUACUACUAAUAACAUAAUACUCAAUAAAAUAAUGAAUUCUUUUUCAGGUACAGUGCACCAGUCGCAGGACCACCUCUCCCCCCUCCUCCACCACCUCCACCACCACCACAGCCAAUCCCAGUUGGACCGGCUGGCUACGCGACUCCACAAGACGCCGGCUACGUGCAAUACAACCGAGGACGACGAUCUCUGUUCAGAAGACGUCGUUCUGUAGUGUAA